AUGUGCACUGCAGAAACAAAAUUUAAAUUUUUUGGGAAAGAAGAUACGCAUGUGAAGUCCCAAAUUAAGGAUUUCCCUAAAGACCAAGGCACGGAAGUUAAACCAUCUGGUCUUAAGCCAUCAUCUAACGAUAAAUUUGUAGGCUCCAGGAUGUUUGGUUCGAAAAGAGAUUGGUGUGUUAAGAUCGUGGGUAAGACAGCUUCAGGUGGAGCUAAAGAUGUCCAGGCUGUCAAGGCUGAGUUUAAAAGGUUAUCUUUAGGAGAGAUAAAAGAAGAUAUCAUGGCGUUAUUCAUCAAACGCGAUGCCAAAAAUGAGGAAAGAGAUAGAAGAGUUGGUUUAAUUAUUCUUAACCUAUUCGAUGAAAUAAAUUUGGAAUGUGGUAUAUCCAACGACAUAUAUAGACCUAUCAUUUUUGAUUGUGGAAAGGAAACUGGAGGUCGUCGCGCAAAGCCCCAUUCGUGGCCCUGGUUUGUUGCCAUUCAUUUAAGACAUGAAACUGGGUAUAAAUGUGGAGGAACCAUUUUAAAUAAUAAAUGGAUUUUAACAGCCGCUCAUUGUAUGUUUAACAUUACCGUUAACGAUAAGAUAGAUGACUCCAAAUUAUAUGACAAAGAUAAUUAUGAAAUAUAUGUUGGUUUUAAAAGGUUAAAUUCUAGAAAUUCUAGCAUUAAUAUGCUCAGAGUAAAUAUGGUAUGGAUUCAUCCAUACUUUUAUCAUGAUAUAUCAUAUGAUGUCGCACUUAUGAGAUUAGCAAAACCUUUAGAAUAUAAUAUUUCUAUAAAACCUAUAUGUCUCCCAGCACCAAGCUUGUCAAAAAAAGAUAUUGAUCUUAAAAAAUGUCAUGUAUUAGGAAUGGGAUCAACCCUAAAAUAUUUUAUAAAAUACACUCUUAGCUUAAAUCAAGUGUGCAUGCCAAUAAUUAAUCGCUCUUUGUGCAAUAGUCUUCUAUUAAACUUCACAAUUAAUUAUAGUGGUCAACGACGACUGGCACCUACACAAUUUUGUGCAGGAAACUAUCAAAAAGGUGGAAAAGAUACGUGUACCGGCGAUAGUGGUGGGCCAUUUCUAUGCCCAUAUAAAAAUAGAAAUGUAAGUGCCUUUAAAAAUAGGCAGUGGAUACUAAUUGGAAUUGUAUCAUAUGGUUACGAAUGCGGGGAAGUUAAUAAACCCGGGAUAUAUGUUAAUAUUUCCUAUUUUCAGACCACGAUAAAAAAUAUAAUUAACCAAUUAUAA